GUUUAGAGCCAAGAUGGCGGCGGAUUCGUAACCUUCUACACGCCAGUUGCCUUCACUCCAACUGAACGGCUUCUUUCCGCCGGAGCCCGGAGAUAUCGGAGUUAACAGCAAGGAGACUUGGAUACGAAUCGAAAGGGGGAAAAAGAGCGGUUGUGAAGAAGCUGUGAGCGAUAUCGCCAAGGCUGCCCCGCUGCAGGGCUCGCCGUGAAGCGCCGGACGCCCGUGCCGGAGUCGCAUGAUGAAGAUGAGUGUUCCUCGGGUACCGGCACCACAUGUUUAUGUGAUUGGAAGGAGCAACUGCCCUUUGAGAAGUCCCCGAGCAUUUGCCUGUGACUGCUGAAUAGGACCUGUCGACAGGUCCGGACAGCACUCGGCAGGGUGGCGGCUCCUGACCCAUGGAGAAUUACUUUCAGGCAGAAGCCUUCAACCUGGACAAGGUGCUGGACGAGUUCGAGCAGAAUGAAGCAGCCUGUAAGGAGUCUCCAGAGCUGGAGGGGGCGCUCUGCAGUGUGCAAACCUACAUAUUAAAACAGUAUUGAGAGCAGAUGAGGCGGACGCACCGACGCUGUCUGAUGCCAAGUGGACCCAGAUCCUGGCUCCUCCCACCCACCUGCUGAGCUUCAGUCCCGCCCUGGCGCACGCCGACCUGAGUCCGCUCAACCUCAAGCCCCCUCCCGAGAGCCCGGGGGGGCCAGCGGGAGACCUCGGCAUGACCGGUGGCCCGGACCCCGCCGCUGAUGAGCGGCCCCCGGCCCAGCCUAACAUUGGCAAACUGGUAGGGGGCGACAGCCAGCUUGUGGGCAGCCUGGAAAAUGGAGCCCCUCCCAGUCCUGCCCUCAACGGCUGCGCGGAGGGCUCUCUAAGCGAUGAUGGGCCCCAUCAGGUGGAUGACCCCCCCUGUUGCGCUGGGAGCCCCCCAGCUGAUGAUGCAGGCCCCCCAGAGAGCGCAGAGUCCUACUUUAAAGACAGUUAUUUUUCUGUGGAAGAUGGAGUAGGCAGCGGCGACCUGCCGAGUACCAGCGUGGGUCCAUCCAAGCCCCCAGAGCACAGCAGCAUCAUCGGAUCCCCGAAGGGGGAGCACAGCCUCGAGGUUCUGGCCCAGCCCGAGGCCCACGCAGAUCCCGAAGGUCAGCCGGAGAUGGUGACCAAUGGGGGGACUGCUGAGAGUUCAGCAGCCAGUCAGAGUGAGGAGCUGGAAGGGGAAUCCUCCACCUGUGCCGUCCCCAAUGGCCUGGAAGCCCCGGAGCCAGGCCCUAGAUGCUCCCGUGGCCCCCCCUCCAAGGAGGAGUUUGUGACUGAGGAGAAGGAGGUGGAGGAGAGCAAGCAGGAGUGCUCAGAACAGGCCCGUGGGCCAGAAGCGGGGGCCACUCUGGGCAGGGGAACUGGGCGCCAGCAGCCUGUCAGUGUGCCCUAUGGGGGGGCCCGGCCAAAGCAGCCCACCGGCCUCAAGCUGCAGAUCCCGCGCUCGCUGUUGGGCCAUAACCAAUCUCAGAGCCGUCCACAGAACCAGCUGGGCCCCCAGGGCAAAAACAAGAACCAGGAUCCCCGGGGGCAGCCCGGGGAGGUGUCCUGCCCUCAUGGCUACGGGGAGCAGCCCAGCUUGAAUGGGGAGACGGCCUCCUCGGGCCCAUCGGGUCCCGUGCCAGCCCCGGAGAGCCCAGAUAAUGACAUACAGGCGGGACACUUAGGGGCACUGUCCAGAAAGCCCUUCAGCUCCCUGGGGGAGGUGGCCCCGGUGUGGGUGCCUGACUCCCAGGCCCCCUUCUGCAUGAAGUGUGAGGCCAAGUUCACUUUCACCAAGAGGAGGCAUCACUGUCGAGCGUGCGGGAAGGUGUUCUGCGCAGCCUGCUGUAGCCUGAAGUGCCGGCUAAUGUACAUGGACCGGAAGGAGGCACGAGUCUGUGUCACCUGUCACUCUGCGCUGAUGACUGCUCAAUCGUGGGAGAAAGGGUCAGGUGGAAGCGGCCAGACCCCCAACCCCAACAACCCCGCCGAAUACUGCUCUACGGUGCCGCCGCUGCAGCAGGCACAGGCUUCGGGGGCCCUCAGCUCGCCCCCGCCCACUGUCAUGGUGCCCGUGGGCGUGCUGAAGCACCCGGGCACGGAGGGGAGCCUCCCACGGGAGCAGAGGAGGGUGUGGUUUGCAGAUGGGAUCCUGCCCAAUGGGGAGGUGGCUGACUCCACCAAGGUAGCUGUUACCACCUCCCCUCCUUCUGGGCCUCUGCUGCUCUCUCAGGAUACAGGCAAACCGGCCACAGCCGGCUCCUCGGAAGCCGCGCCACCACCAGCUGAGAUGGCUCCCCCCGCCCCCUCCCAUGGCCUUGGAGCUCCCGUAGGAAGCCCAGUGGGCAGUUCAGUCAAUCUGAUUCCCGACGAUGGACUCCCUCCCAUCCUCAUCUCCACCGGCGUCAAAGGAGACUACGCCGUGGAGGAGCGGCCUUCUGAGAUCCUCAUGAUGCAGCAGUUGGAGGACGGGACUCAGGAUCCUCUGGUCUUUGUCCUUAACGCCAACCUGCUAGCCAUGGUCAAAUUGGUCAACUACGUAAACCGGAAGUGCUGGUGUGUGACGACAAAAGGGAUGCACGCUGUGGGCCAAGCGGAGGUGGUGGUUCUGCUGCAGUGCCUCCCUGAUGAGAAGAGCAUCCCCAGGGACAUUUUUAGCCACUUCGUGCAGCUCUACCGGGAAGCCCUGACAGGAAACGUGGUGACCCACCUGGGCCACUCCUUCUUCACCCAGAGCUUCCUGGGCAGCCGGGAACAUGGCGGUUUCCUCUACAUCAGCCCCACCUUCCAGUCCCUGCAGGACCUGCUGCUGCCCAACCCACCCUACCUCUUCGGCAUCCUCAUCCAGAAAUGGGAGACACCCUGGGCCAAGGUCUUCCCCAUCCGGCUCAUGCUGCGUCUGGGCGCUGAAUACAGAUUCUACCCCUGCCCGCUGUUCAGCGUGCGAUUCCGGAAGCCUCUCUUUGGUGAGACGGGCCACACCAUCAUGAACUUGCUGGCGGAUUUCCGUAACUACCAGUACACCUUACCUGUGGUGACGGGGCUGGUGGUGGACUUGGAGGUGCGGAGAACCUGCAUCAAGAUCCCCAGCAAUCGCUACAAUGAGUUGAUGAAAGCCAUGAACAAGUCCAACGAGCACGUACUGGCCAUCGGCGCCUGCUUCAACGAGCGAGCCGACUCCCACCUCGUCUGCGUGCAGAAUGACGACGGCAACUACCAGACGCAGGCGAUCAGCAUUCACAACCAGCCCCGCAAAGUGACUGGCGCCUGUUUCUUCGUGUUCAGCGGAGCCCUCAAAGUCUCUUCAGGAUACCUGGCCAAAUCCAGCAUCGUGGAAGACGGCGUGAUGGUGCAGAUCACCGCGGAGACGAUGGAGGCACUGCGCCAGGCCUUACGGGAGAUGAAGGACUUCACCAUCACCUGCGGGAAGGCCGACCAGCAGGAAAGCCAAGAGCACGUCCACAUCCAGUGGUUAGAGGACGACCGCAACUUCAACAAAGGGGUCAUCAGCCCCAUCGAUGGGAGGUCCAUGGAGUCCAUCACCAGCGUCAAGAUCUUCCAUGGUUCAGAGUACAAGGCCAAUGGGAAGGUCAUCCGCUGGACUGAGGUGUUCUUCCUACAGAGUGAUGACCAGUCCAGCGGACUCAGCGACCCAGCAGACCACAGCCGGCUGACGGAGAACAUGGCACAGGCCUUCUGUGUGGCCCUCUGCCCCCACCUCAAACUGCUGAAGGAGGAUGGCCUGGCCAAGCUGGGCCUGCGUGUCACUCUGGACUCCGACCAGGUGGGAUACCUGGCAGGCAGCAACGGGCAGCCACUACUGCCUCAGUACAUGAAUGACCUGGACAGCGGACUGGUGCCCGUCAUCCACAGUGGGGCGUGUCAGAUCAGCGAGGGUCCUGUCGUCAUCGAACUUAUCUUCUACAUCCUGGAGAACAUCUCCUAAAGGGAUGAGCCCCCUUGCCCAGCUGCCUGUCUCCCCAGCCGCCUUCCUCAUCCCCCUCGCUGCCUCCCUGCACUCUGCCCCCCACUGCAUCGUGAGCCUCUUCCCUUUUGGAAGGAAGCACCCUGGACUCUCCUGCCGGGCCUCAGGUCACCAUCCUACCCGCAUCGGGCUUCCAUGUGGCAGACAGAUCCGCUUCCUACCCACAACCCCACUGCUGGCUAAAGUUGGCACAUUGCACCCUGGGUAAUCACACCUAGGCUGUAGCGGCCAUGUGCUCACUGCCUGUCGGACUCGUUCACCAGAGCAGGUGGAGUGGGGGUGAGGAGCUGCCUCGCUUGUGCUGCUGGGGAAUUCUUUCAGUUUGCAGAAAUACUGCAAGGGGGGGUCGAGUGGGGGUAGGGGUCUGUUUAGUGUGAUGUUUUAUUUCAGUUGCGGUGCUCAGUGCCUGGGCUGUGAUUUUCCUCACGGAGAACUGACUAUCACCUUUAUUUCAUAAUCACAGUGUGUUUUAAUCAGCUCUGCAGCUGCGGAUGGAUGUCAGCCUCUGCUCACCUAAAGGUGGCGCUCUAUGGCGGGACGUGGACCUGGGGAUGGUAAUUGGCCCUUAAAGUUUGCGGCCCGCUAACUGUGAACCUUAAGAGAAACACACAUAGCUCAGAAGAUGCAGUGGACUUUUAGAAGGACUGUCGAUGGAAUGAACGUUUCGAAGUGGAAUAAACGGAGUCGAUUACGCAGCUUUGAUGCAUCAGGACCAUCCCAGAGGAGAGCGAGGCCUACCCUUUCUUCUAUGCUCAUCUCACGACCGGUGCACUUUAACAGGUGACUCUUGCACCACCUGCUGGCGGUUUUUAGCAGCACUCAGCGGUGUUGUGGCUCGCCGGCCACAAAAGGUGACGUUUGGAGCACAAGAGAGAUGUCAGUGUUACGUAUUUUUGGGUGUAAGGUGCCGGGUUACACAGGUUAAAUGUCUUGGGUGUGUAAAGGUCAGGUGUUAAUUAGCUUGGGCCUGGAAAAUGCUGUGUCUGCAUUUAGCAUCUGUGUGACUUUUGUUUCCAUGAAAAGGUUUUGCCAGUGUCAGACCUUCAUCUUCAUCUUAGCAGAGUGACCUUAGAUGAGGGGGGCGUGGGAGCCUCCCUUCCGUUCUGCCCCUGCGUAUUGUUGCUUUAGAUAUUACGUGGAUAACAAGCCAUCUUUUAUGGUUGAGGUUGUGGCUUUAUAAAGCAAGAUUCAGGUUAGGUGUUAAUUUUUGACGUCCUCAGACUGGCCCGUAGGCCUGAGCUCACUUGCCCACUGGACAAUCAGGACCUGUCGGCAUGUGUUUCGCACUCCAGCCCUGACCCACGCUGCUCCAGGUGUAAGCAGAGCACUGCUGUAGAGCGGGCAAGAUCCUCUGCUCUUUGAGGAGCAGAUUUGCCUCCCAACCUGGGUGUGCUGUGGGAUAUUGUGGUUAAAUGUUGAUCUGCAUGGUGUGGGCCAGAUGCCAGACGACCAUAUUUGGGCUGUUUACGGUCACUUCAUAGAUGUAUGGAUUAUGAGUGAAUGUGUGCAAGUCAGCCGCAGUGAACUUGGGACAUGCAGUUACUGGCUGCCGUUUAGGCCAAACUCCCCUUAGACUACUUUACUUUCAGACAAACUGCACUAGUUUUAAGCUACAAGCAGUGUCUGGAUUUCUGCUGUUUUCCAUGAAGACUUACUCUUGAGGUUAUGGGAGUGGUGAAUCACUGCUGAAUUCAAGAAAUUGUGACAUGAAGUCAGAAACGAAACCUGAAAUGAAUCAGUUCAUGUUGAAACAGGCCGGGGCCUUUCUGGCUGAGUUUGUUUGGUUUGCUUUUAGGUGGAGAAGGUGGCUGAUCUGCCAUAAGUUGCCAGUCGGCGGGAUGUGAGGGAAUUAAAGGAAAUGUUUACAGCAGCCUGACUGGGCCUCUGAGGGGUGAGUCUGUGUGAGUCAGAGUGGGUGACACACUUCCAGCCCAGUCCACCGCAGCAAUUAACAUUUCAGCAGAAAGAGCGAGAGAUUCCCCAGGGAUGCUCACUGUAGGUGGCUGUUUUGCCUGAAUGUUUUUUUUUUUUUUAUUAGCUCCCAGAAUCCAUUGCUGCUGCAUGCAUACAGGAACAAAGGCAAUUUCCAUGGUCAGUGAUGCUCCCCUUCCCCAAACAUGGAACAAGUGAAAUUCCUCUGUACAAAAAUUAUAUAUAAUGUUAUAUAUACAUAACCUGUGUAAAUGGAACCAGCUGGGAAAAAGUACAGCUUCCCAGACAAUAACACCAAUCAACAGCUUAAUGGGAAGAAAAAAUAAGCAUAUUUAAAAGCCAAAAACUGUACAUUUUUCUCCAAUGUACACUACAAUGUCAAUAAGAGCAGUCUAUUGAAAACUGUAGUAUCUGUAUAAUAAAACUUAUAGAAAACUGAA